CCUUCCCCCUUCCUUUUCCGCUGUAGGAAGUUAACGUGCCUAAGGUGCUUGGUUCUUCAUCCGAAGCUAAGGCCCACAAUCCGGCGACUAGCACCGUCAGAUUUAGGCAUCCGACGCCACAAACAUAAAACUAAACAUCUACAAUGGCCUCCGUGUCCGAGCUCGCCUGCAUUUACUCCGCUCUGAUCCUCCACGACGAUGAAGUCACCGUCACCGAGGACAAGCUGAAUGCUCUGAUCAAGGCUGCUGGAGUCACUGUGGAGCCCUUCUGGCCAAGUCUGUUUGCCAAGGCUCUGUCCAGCAUUGACAUCGGCAGCCUGAUCUGCAACGUUGGAGCCGGCGGUGGUGCUCCCGCUGGAGCCCCAGCUGCUGGAGUUGCUGCUGCUGCUGGAGACGCCCCAGCCAAGGAGGAGGAGAAGAAAGAGGAGAAGAAGGAAGAGUCUGAGGAGUCCGACGACGACAUGGGCUUCGGUCUCUUCGACUAAAACAGCUGUUUUUGUAACAAAACACAAUAAAAGUACAAAAAUGAA